CCCAAAGGCUUUGCCUGGCCUGGCCUUGGAGGAUUAUAAAUGAACCAGUAGGCACACUGACACACCCAGAGCACAAUGGCGGGCAUAGGGAUUGUGGUUCUCCGGCGAGCCAUGAGCACGGAGUCCAAGCGGAUGGUGGACCGGUUCAUCCGUGUGGACCACGCCGGGGAGGUGGGGGCCAACUACAUCUACCGUGGGCAGAUGGCAGUACUGGGCAACACAGAGGUUGGCCGGGUGAUCCAGCGGAUGUGGGACCAGGAGAAGGAACACAUGGCCAAGUUUGAGGAGCUGAUCCCUCAGCACAGAGUCAGGCCAACUGUGCUGCUGCCCAUCUGGAAUGUAGCAGGGUUUGUACUAGGUGCUGGGACUGCCCUGUUGGGUAAGGAAGGUGCCAUGGCGUGUACUGUAGCUGUGGAGGACAGUAUAGUAGAACACUACAACAACCAGAUCAGAGCUCUGGUCGAGGAUGACCCAGAAAAACACAAGGAACUCUUAGAAGUCAUCAAGAAAUUUCGUGACGAGGAACUUGAGCAUCAUGACAUGGGACUGGAGCAUGAUGCAGAGGCAGCUCCUGCAUAUCAAACCCUGACUAAUGUCAUCAAAGGAGGGUGUAAGGCUGCUAUCUGGCUAUCAGAGAGGAUCUAGGGGGUUGGUUUUUGUAUUUGUACUGUAAGAGUAAGCAGAACUGGGCUUGUUGUUGUUCAAACAUAGACUAAUGUCAAGAAGAGACUCAUCAUUGACUGACCGGAAAGAAGCAGGUGUUGGCGUAAAAAUUAGCAACCUUGGCUUGAAUAUAAAUUAUAUUUUGCCAAGCUUAAGUUCCUCAAUAUUGAUCAAAGGAUGUUUCCAUGUUGAUGUAACACUGAAAUUCCUCAAACAAGAACUAGUUGUCUGAUGGACUGCAUUAUGUUCAAUUGUUGAACAUAAGCAUUGUUGAUAUUUAUUUGAACAUUGCUUUGUGCAAAAUGUAUUCCCUUUUCAACUUCAUACAUUAAAAGGAUCAUACAAACA